AUGUCGAAUUUAACUAAAUUCAGAUUUCAAAGAGGUCAAUUUAAGGCAACCUUAACAAGAUUCAAAGGUUAUAUUAAUUCAAUUGAUUUAGACAAUAUAGACGAGAUAACAAUAACCCAACUGAAAGUAAGAUUAGAUAAAAUUAAACCGAUUCUAAACGAAUUUUCAUCUGUGCAAGCUUCGAUCGAAUACGAAUUAAGUGGAUCAGAAAACCAAGAACAAGAGUUACAACAAGAGCUAAAUGAACUUAUAAAUUUUGAAAAAUCUUAUUUUGAAUUAAUUAGUUUCACUCAAAACCUUAUCAACAAUUCUGAAUUAAACGAUGGUGUAAGUUCAAUAUCAGCUAAUAAAAAUUCGGUCAAUAGUUCAGUACAAUCACAUUUUAAAUUACCUGACAUUAAAUUGCCAAUCUUCAGAGGUUCAUUCGAGACAUGGUUAGAAUUUAGAGAUACUUACUAUUCUUUAGUACAUCAUAAUGCCAAUAUUAGUAAUAUUCAAAAAUUUUAUUAUCUCAAAUCCUGUUUGGAAGGUGAGCCAUCGAAAUUGAUUAGCUCUGUAGAAGUGAGUGAAAGUAAUUAUACAGUUGCAUGGUCGUUAAUAAAAGAUAGAUACGAGAAUAAAAAAUUGAUUGUACACAAUUAUAUCAAAGGACUUUUUGACAGCCCAGUAGUUGUCAAGGAAUCGCACGCUGAACUGCGCAAUCUGCACGAUAAUUUUGUAAAAAAUUUGAGAUCUUUGAAAGUAUCAGGUCAACCAACUGAUAGUUGGGAUGCUCUCUUAGUGUACAUGCUUUGUACUAAACUUGACAAUAUUACUAGACGAGAGUGGGAAUCGUAUCGGACAAAAGGCGAACUACCAACGGUAAACGAAUUAUUAGAAUUUCUUAAACAAAAGUGCGAAGUUUUAGAAAAAUUAGAGAUUACCAAGAACGAUGUUAAAACAAUAGAAAAACAAUUCUCUAAAUUUCCAUAUAAUAAAUCAAAUCGUACAGAAAAAACCCGGUCGUUCAAUACUACGACAGAAAGAAAAUUAACUUGCUAUUUUUGUAAAAAAGAACAUUCAAUUUAUCAAUGUGAAAAGUUUCGGGAAUUAGACAUUCCUGCGAGAAUUGAUCAGGUAAAAAUGCUGAAAUUAUGUACCAAUUGCUUCGAUCCCAAUCAUAUCAAUAACGAUUGCAAAAGAUCCAAUUGUAGAAUCUGCAAAAAACGUCAUAAUACUCUUUUACAUUUAAAUUCCAAGUCAGAUGCGAAAGAAAACGUAAACAACGCCAACUCGAAAGAAUCGACCAGCGGUACAUACAUGACGAGCACGCAAGAGGGUGAGGGUAUCGCGUACGACAGAGAUAGCAAUAUGUCGGUACGUCGCAAUUCCGCAGGAGCCGAUAAGACAGCGCGAUCCGCGAGUAGUAGGGCUUACAAUGUUGCCGGUAUUAACAAUUUGGAGGAUAAUUCACAGCCUUUACUGAGUACAGCGGUCAUUCGUGUUCACGGCAAGAAUAAUAGGUUCCUUUACGCAAGAGUAUUACUAGACGCAGGCAGUCAAAGCCAUUUCAUUUCGGAAAAAUUAGCGAAACAAUUAGAUUUAGACAAAAAACCAGUAAAUUAUUCAAUAGUAGGCGUAGGAGAGUCAAAGGUCCUAGCUGCUCAAUACAAGACUGACGUGAGGUUCAGUUCAAGAAUUAAUGAUUAUACUAAAAAUAUUUCGUGUCUCAUUAUUCCUAAAAUAGCACAAAAAUUACCAAAUGCGUCGUUUAAGGUUUCUUCGCGAUCAAGAAUAAACGAACUAACUCUAGCGGAUCCAAACUACAAUUUGCCUCAAGAUAUAGAUAUGCUGUUGGGAGUUAGUAUUUUUUAUGACAUUUUAAUCAUGGAACAAAGGAAAAAUAACAACAUGCCUAUAUUACAGAAUACACAGCUAGGAUGGGUUUUUGGAGGUAAUAUUCCGUCUGUAGAAUCAAAGACGAGCAAAACUAUUUCUUGCAUAACAAUUAACGAGUCUUUGGAAAAUGCUUUAACUAAAUUUUGGACAGUCGAAGAAUGCGACAACGAGAGAAUUCUUACUAAAGAUGAAAUUUUUUGUGAAAAACAUUUUUUGGAUAAUGUCAAGCGGACUCCAGAGGGUAGAUUCAUUGUGAAAUUUCCAUUUAAAGAAAAUGUAAUCAAUUUAGGACAUUCUGACGAGAUGGCAUUGAAUCGGUUUCAUGCAUUGGAGAGACGUCUAAACAGAGAUAAGGUUUUGAAAAAUGAUUAUUGCGACUUUAUGAAAGAAUACAUCGAACUAGGUCAUAUGCGCAAAUUGGAAGUUUUCGAUAUAAACAAGAAAGGUCUAGACGGCUACUUUCUUCCUCAUCACGCAGUAAUAAAAAAUACAAGUAUAACCACAAGAACUCGAAUUGUCUUCGACGCGUCAGCUAAAUCUGACAACGGGAUUUCACUGAAUGAUGUUCAGUACGUCGGACCUACACUACAAGAUGAUCUUUUCUCCAUAUUAUUGAGAUUCAGACAACAUAAAUUUGUCUUAAAUGCUGAUAUUUCAAAAAUGUAUCGCCAAAUUCUUAUAGACCCUAGCGAGAGAAAAUAUUUAAGAAUUUUUUGGAGACAUAAUGAUGGAGAACAGAUACAAUGCUACGAGCUGAACACCGUAACGUAUGGAACUUCAUCUGCACCAUACUUAGCUGUGCGUUGUCUUCGGCAAAUGGGUAUAGAGAAUAAUGAUGAAUACCCAAUCGCGAGCAAAGUAAUUUUAAAAGAUUUUUAUAUUGACGAUCUAUUAACAGGGUCAGACAGCCUUUCUGAAUUACGCGAAAUUCAAAGAGACAUCACGAAUAUAUUGAGGUCUGGAGGUUUUCAAUUGCGUAAAUGGUUAUGUAACAACAAGGAAUUAUUAAAAGAAAUUAAUGUUGAUGAAAAUUUAUCUUCAGGAAUUUUACAUUUAGGAAAAGAGGAAAACAAUAAAACUUUAGGUAUUUAUUGGAACGCAUUUAAUGAUAAUAUACAAUAUUCAAUUAAAGAUUUCGAAGUUGUAGAAAGGUUAUCGAAACGAAUCAUUUUGUCUAUGACAAGUCAAAUCUUCGAUCCUUUGGGAUUAGUUGGCCCUAUCGUAGUUAUAGCGAAAAUGUUUCUGCAACGUUUAUGGCAAGAAAAACUAGAUUGGGAUCAACAAGUGUCCAAUCAUCUUAGUGUCACUUGGAACGAUUUCUGUAAAGAAUUAUUACUAUUAAAUAAUCUUAAAAUUCCAAGAUAUGUUUGUUGCGAAAAUUAUACAAUUAUCGAAAUACACGGGUUUGCAGAUGCAUCCGAAAAGGCAUACGGUGCAUGUAUUUACAUUUCUUGUAAAGUACAAGAUAAGCCUUACAAGACUCAAUUACUAUGUUCCAAAUCUAGAGUUUGUCCGUUGAAACAAAUUUCACUGCCUCGCCUAGAAUUAUGCGCAGCCAAACCUUUAGCUAAAUUAAUGCGAAAGGUAAUUAGGGCUAGUGAAAUUACAUUUGAUCAAUGUUUUUAUUGGACGGAUUCCACUGUGGUACUAGGUUGGAUAAACGGAUGCCCCAGUCAGUGGAAAACAUUUGUCGCGAACCGAGUCUCUAAUAUACAAAAUUUAUCAAAGCCAAGUCAAUGGUACCACAUUGCUGGCAAACUCAAUCCAGCUGAUUUAUUGUCACGAGGUACAACGGUGACUAAUCUUUUAGAAUGCGAUAUUUGGUGGAAAGGUCCACAUUUCUUGGCGAACAGAGACAGAUCUGAAUUUGUACUAGAUUUACCAUACCGAGAAUUGCCUGAAAAAAGAAUAUUAGUUAAUUUUUGUCAAAAAACGAAUCAAUUGGAACUUCCGUUUACUAAAUUCUCAAGAUUUAAAAAAUUACAGAGAACAAUAGCCUACUGUAUAAGGUUCAUAUCAAAUAUGAAAGACAAGUCAAUGAAGACAACCGGAAUUUUAACGGUCACAGAACUAAGCUAUGCUCAUGAUAUAAUAAUAAAAACAUCUCAAAAACAAUCUUUUCCGGAUGAAUAUAGAAUGUUAACAAAGGGAGAUAAAAUCAGUACUUCGAGUAAAUUAUUGGCCCUGAAUCCAUUUAUUGGUACCGACGGUCUAAUUAGAGUAGGAGGCAGGUUAGUAAAUGCCGAUAUAGAUUUUGCCAAGAAACAUCCUAUUCUAUUGGACACAAGGCAUCAUGUGACUUUAUUAUUGCUACAAGAGGAGCAUGUGAGACUGAUGCAUUGUGGACCAAAUCAACUUCUAUAUUCGUUAAGAGAAAAUUAUUGGCCUAUAGCAGGACGCAGACUAGCGCGAUCUGUUGUAAAAGGCUGCAUUACUUGUCGUAAGGCCCAGCCAAUGGGAUGCAAAUAUUUAAUGGGAAAUCUUCCUUCAGAAAGAGUCAACAAAUAUAUUCCUUUCACAAAUGUUGGAUUAGAUUAUGCCGGACCUAUUCUUAUUAAAGAUAGAAAAUUACGAGGGGCAAAAUUAAUAAAAGGGUACAUUUGUUUGUUCAUUUGUAUGAGUACAAGGUGUGUCCACCUAGAGUUGCUUACCGACUUAUCAUCUGAAGCAUUCUUGGCAAUGUUCAAGAGAUUCAUUGGUAGACGAGGUCGACCAUCUCAUUUAUUCUCCGAUAAUGGGACUUCUUUUAUAGGAGCCAAUAAUGAUUUGAAAAGGUUCAUAGAAGCUUAUUCGACUUCGAUAGCUGCUGCACAUACUAACGAAAAUAUAACUUGGCAUUUCAUUCCCCCUAGGGCCCCUAAUUUCGGCGGUCUCUGGGAGUCCAAUAUAAAACAAGUUAAAUAUUAUUUGAAAAGAAUAUUGAAAAAUACUAGCUUAACGUAUGAAGAUAUGAUGACAGUUUUGAUACAAAUAGAAGGUAUACUUAACUCUCGUCCCCUUUGUCCCUUAUCAUCUGAUCCUUCCGAUUUUAAUCCCCUGACUCCAUCUCAUUUUCUACUUGGGAAAACAGUCUCAUCUAUUCCUGAGCCUGUAUAUGUUAAAAUGCCAGACAAUCGUCUGAGUCACUACAAAUACCUACAGAAGAUCAUUCAAACCUUCUGGCAGCGAUGGUCAGUCGAAUAUGUCUCUGACCUGCAAGCAAGAACGAAAUGGAAAGAAAAUGUCGAAAAUCUCCUCCAAGUCGGCAGUUUGGUACUGGUUAAACAAGAAGAUGCACUUACCUACUCCUGGCGUUUGGGCAGAAUCAUCGAGUUGCAUCGUGGAACUGAUAACAUCAUCAGGGUUGCCACAGUGAAGUUUAGUGAUGGUUCGUUCUGUAAAAGAGCUAUUUCGAAAUUAUGUGUUUUACCAGUGUCUGGUAUAUAA